AUGUUCAAGGAGGAACGUGAAUGGAACUGGAGUGAUCAAGCUAACGCGGGCUGGAAGGUUGACGCAAACGGACUUGAUGCAGGAGAGUUUGAGUUGAACUUGAAACAAUUAAGAAAUGGUGAUCAGGAGAAUGGUAGCUCAUCUGCAUCAGAGGAUGUCGGAAGCCUUGAAAACGAAGGUAAUGGUGAUGCAGUUGAAGAUAAUGAUGACGACAAUGAAGAUGAGGAUCAAACUCAAUCAAGGCAAUCAACAAGAGCAUCAAAUAAACCAUCAUAUCUCGAUGACUACGUCCUGAUCACCGAAGAAGAAAGUGAGCAUCUGUUAAUGAUCAUUAACGACGAGUCAUGGGACUUUAAUGAAGCUAAGAAGCUGAAAGUUUGGAUUGAUGCGUUCAAAGAUGAAAUUUUCUCAAUAGAGAAAAACAAUACUUGGGAUCUUGUUGAGCUUCCUGCAGGGAAUAAAACCCAUUGGUCUAAAGUGGGUUUUCAAAAUCAAACGUAA